UGCACCGGGGCGCUGGCGCUGCGGGCGGACUAAGCGGAGUGCGGGGAUGCUGGGACUGGAAGCGCUGCUCCGCCACCCCGUCUGCCCCUGGGAAACGAAUCGCAAGAGGUAGCUAGGCCUCGCCACAGGCUACUUUAAGAAAAAUGGCCCUGACUGCCCAACAGAUGCCCAGGUGGUUCAGCUGGAUUAGAUGGAAUGGCUUCGUUUUUGCUGCACAGCUCAGAAAUGGAUUUCAGAGACCAGGAACAACACUGUUGCAUGGAUUUUCUGCUCAGCCUCAGAUGUCCUUUCACAAUUGCUUUCUCCAGUGGGGAUUUAAGACUUACAGGACUUCCUCCAUAUGGAAUAAUAGUUCCCAGUCCACCAAACAAGAGGUUAACUCUGAUGAAAGCACUGUGCUUCCUUCCGUGAAUGAGCAGCCACAAGCGAUACCCAACUUUGAUCCUGAGCUGUCUCUAGAAGCACUGGACGAUGUGCCUCCAUUAUCUCCGUUGCAGCCAAUUUCGGAGGAGGAGGCUGUUCAGAUUAUUGCAGACCCUCCAUUGCCCCCCGCUUCAUUCACACUUCGAGACUAUGUGGAUCACUCUGAGACUCUGCAGAAGUUAGUCCUUCUAGGAGUGAACUUGUCCAAGAUAGAAAAACACCCAGAUGCAGCCAACCUGCUUCUGAGACUGGAUUUUGAAAAAGACAUUAAGCAAAUACUCCUGUUUCUUAAAGAUUUGGGUAUAGAGGAUAACCAGCUGGGAGCAUUCCUGACUAAAAAUUACGCUAUUUUCUCUGAAGACCUUGAAAAUCUUAAGACCAGAGUGGCUUAUCUACAGUCAAAAAAUUUCAGCAAGGCAGAUAUCACCCAGAUGGUCAGGAAUGCACCGUUUUUGUUGAGCUUUUCAGUGGAAAGACUGGAUAACAGAUUGGGGUUUUUUCAGAAAGAACUCGAACUUAAUGUGAAGAAGACCAGAGAUCUGGUAGUUCGCCUCCCCAGGCUGCUAACUGGAAGUCUGGAGCCUGUGAAAGAAAACAUGAAGGUUUAUCGUCUUGAACUAGGUUUUAAACAUAACGAAAUUCAGCAUAUGAUUACCAAAAUCCCAAAGAUGUUAACUGCAAAUAAGAGGAAACUCACAGAGAUCUUCGAUUAUGUGCACAAUGUGAUGAGUGUUCCCCACCACGUCAUCGUCAGGGUCCCACAGGUAUUUAAUACCAGGUUGUUUAAAGUCAAAGAAAGACAUUUGUUUCUGACCUACUUAGGAAGAGCACAGUAUGACCCAGCAAAACCUAACUACAUCUCUUUGGACAAAUUGGUAUCAAUGCCUGAUGAAAUAUUUUGUGAACAGAUUGCCAAAGCCUCCAUACAGGACUUUGAAAAAUUCUUAAAAACACUUUAGUUUUUGAUAUGAAAAUGUAAUGAUGUAAAGUAAAUGUAUAUAUGAAUAAAUUAAUAUGCUGUACUUUAAAAUAAAUACCACAAGCCUCAA